AUGCCAAAGGUAAUAAGAAGUGGUGUUAGAGAGGUGGUGCUAAAAAUAAAGGAUUUUUUUAUGAAAGAAAAGCAAUCUGGCGCUCCGAUUAUUCCAUUUGAAAGAGUAAAUGAGCGCGUCGCAGCUGCAACAGGUAUAUCUUUACGAACAGUUGUAAGAAUUGAAAAUGAAGGCAGAUUGGCUGAAGCAUCAUCCACUGGAAAAUGUUGGCAGAAUGAUGAUGAAGAUGGAGUAUUAGAGCCCAUCUCUAAAGGACAAAGAUUUAUUAUUGUUCAUGCCGGAGAAGAAUAUACUAGACCACAACUAUUAGAAAUUGUAAAUAAAAACAAACCCGAACCAGUGUAUUCCGUCGAUGCUAUUUUAACAGGACUGGGUCACAAGAUAUUGCGUUUACCACCUUAUCAUUGUGAUCUUAAUCCCAUUGAAAUGGUCUGGGCAUCCAUGAAACGAAAAGUAGCCGAGAUAAAUAUUGGAAAGCCAUCCAAUCAAAUGCCAGAAAUGUUGCCUCAAUGUUCCUGGUGUCCAACAGAAAACAGAUGCUUUUCAGAACAUUUACCACACAAUAAAGAUUUUUGUACAGAAAAGAUGAUUCGUCAUCCGACAUACGGAUAUGUGUUAUGUGAACGAUGCGCACCUAACUUUCUAGUGAGUUUACACGAUAACGCGGAAUGUGCAUGCGCUGGUCCUGAAAUAGAAAACAGUUGUCCUCCAGCUGACACAGAACAAAAAUGUUCAGGACGUGGAAAAUGCGUAUGCGGCAGAUGCUUUUGUGACGUAAAUCUUGAUCCUAUGCACCCGAGUAAGGUUAUCAUGGGAGAACAUUGUGAAUAUGAUAAUUUUUCUUGUGAUGGACCUGAUUGCAAUGAGGGGCCAUAUUAUAUUUUUCAAGAGAACGACCCAAACCGUAUUGACGAAACGGAAAGAUUA